AUGUCAGACGGGGGCAACUCCUCAGCCACCGCGCCCAAAGACCGCCACGAGCCACGCGGCCGAAAACCAAAUGACAAGCUGCCCCCCUCUCGCGCCAGAGAGGUCCAGCGCGCCUUCCGUCUCCGCCGAGCAGAGCAUCUCGCCUCGCUCGAGGAACGUAUUCUCAAUCUCGAGACUGAAAACAACCAGCUUCGCGCGCUCCUCAGUCUGCCCUCGGCGGAUCGCGGCAGGAUCGGGUCCGGCCCCACUGGCCGGGGCAAGUCUCUCAAGGAGGGCGGUGUCCCCAUGAGCGAGCGCGUGCGCGCGAGGAAGGAGGCGAGGGAAAGGGAACGACGGGCGCUGGGAUUGCCGGAAGUCGAUACCACGGACCAGAGUGAAAGCGAGCGUGUAGGGCGGGACAGCGUGACCCUGAGCCCAGGGGCCAGCAGCCACCACCACCACCCCCACCCCCACCCUCCGGCCAGUUCGUCCAACCACGCCGCCCCCUCGGGCUCUACAACCAACCCUUCGAGCGUGCCCCCGCUCUUCAACACGCCCGCGGACGUGUCCCCUGCUGCGUUCCACUACAACCUCCCCAUGCCAUUCAACAUUCCAGUGUCCCCUGGACCGCAGUUUCCGGAUUUUACAAACAAUCUGGACAUCUACAAAAACAACUCGUCCUCGUCAGCAAACAACUUUAGCAACAUGUUCAACAUGUUUUCGCCCAACGAGGGAGGCGAGUCGUCUCAGGCUGGUGCUCAGAACUCUGUAAACACUUCCAUACCGACCCCACCGGUUGCCAAACCGUCUCCCAUCUCUCCCCCGCUCACCAACCCCCAGACAGCGGCCUCUCCGGCGCAGAUGGACCUCCUCACCCGUCUCAAGAGCUGCUGCCACGUCUCCGACUCUCACGUCGUCAACGACCCAGGCCUUCUCGUCUUUGCCACGCGCCUCUGCCAGUCGUUCGGCUGCUCGUUCAAUGGCGCGCACACCGAGCCGCAUCCCGUCAGCGAUGCAGAGUGUCUGACGUUGGAAGAUGCGUGGAGGGUGUUGAAGGCGACGUUGGACCCCGGGGGAGAUGCGGACGGGGAGAAUAGGAUCAAUACGGGCAAGAUGGCGGCAGAGCUGGUGGUGCGGGCGUCGCAUUCCAGAGGGCCAGGAGGGUGGAUCACGUGCAGGUACAGGGAAGGAUUGUCGGUCAAGAGGAGCAUGAUCCAGGCGUUGGUGCAGGGAUUGGGAGGAAAGCUUGACUCGUGA